GUUGAGUCGGGCGGCUGUUGCGGCGCUGGGGCGGGAGGAGGCGGAGGCGGGGGCGGGGGCCUCCUCGCUGCACCCGGAGCUCUCCUCCUCCAUCAUCCUGUGCGGCUUCUCCCCCGCGGGUCAGAUGGUGGCCAACAUGCUGGAGAGCCCGCUGGCCUCCCCCGAUGGAUCCGCACCUCCGCCCUACCUGGCAUUUGACCUAGACCCGGAGAGGGUGGCGGCGGGGCGCAAGGCUGGGUUCAAGGUGCUGUUCGGAGACGCCACACGCAGUGCCGUGCUGCGAGCUGCCGGGGUGGAGUGCCCCCGGGCAGUUGUGGUGGCCUACCCGGACCCCGAAACGGCGCUGCAGGCGGUUGCCAACAUGCGGGCCGCCUUCCCCUCCGUCACCAUCUAUGCAUGCGCGGCAGACCUGCGCCAUGCUGCCGAGCUGGCGGAGGCGGGCGCCGAUGACACCGUCAUUCGGAGUGUGGAGGCCGGGCUGGCGCUGGGGGCGCGGCUGCUGGGGGGGCUGGGCGCCUCGGGACUGGACCUGGCUUUCUUGAAGCGCGGGAUCGAGGAGUCCGUGGCGGCAAGGACCCGGGCCCUGGCUGGGUGGCUACAACACUCGGGCGACUCCGUGCCUCCCGCCUUCUCCUCGCUGGACAUGCUGGUUCUCACGGCGGAGGUGGAGGACUUUGCGAGGGAGGCGGCGGCGGCGGCAGCGGCGGCGGCGGCGGAGCGGGACGCGGCGGUGGCGGCGGCGCUGUGUACGGAGGCGGCGCAACCGGGGACGCCGCUGACGUCAGCAGCGUCGUCGUCGUCGUCGUCGUCAGCAGCAGCAGCGUCGUCGGGUGGUGGUAACGGUAACAGCAAGGUGGGGGGCAGCAACGGUAAGGGGAGUGCAGCCCUGGGCACUGCUGCAGCAUCAGCGGAGGCUGCGGCGUUGAAGGCCGCAGAGGAUGAGGCGUUGAAGGCUGGUGGCAGUGGCAAUGGAGGUGAUGGUGGUGAGAAGGAGGAGGAGGAGUCUCGAGUACCCGAUGUUGCAGGAGUGGGUUCACUUCGAGACGGUUAGGCCUCCAUCCUAACCGCCGCCGGAUGGAGCGGCUGUCGUACACAUUGUUCUGGAUCCUGUUACUCCGUACGGCAGUGUUGUGUACGGUAAAAGGGGGUGUACGGUAGGAGAGGCAAGUGUGCGCAGCGAUGAGGAGGAGGAUGCACACGCUGCGGGUGGGGCAUGUUUUGCAAGGGCUGGCAAGGGAACUUUGCUUGCAGUUGUUGGCCUCACGCGCCAUACCCCCACUCCAUGAGUGUUCAGUAUCUUAUGCUCCAUGCAUACAUGCACCUUUUUGGGGUGGAACACUUGAGCGCUCUAAGUUAUACCGUUUGUACGGUUAAUUUACCGGUACUAACCAACCAGUAAAAUAUUGAACAUGGCCGUUUUGCUGUUUAGGGCUAUGCAGCUACCCCCGGCUAUGACGACUGGUGCAUGUUAUUAUGUGCAGGGGCGAGGGGACUGUUGCGCAUGCGGGUUACGUGUUGUGAUGGUUACGUGAAGUGUUGCUCAAGAGCUUGGGACGCGUGUCCGACGGACGUAACCAUGUGAUGUUUGACAGGACACGGACAGACUUGCCUACAUGACAGACGGUGACCGAGUUGCGAAAGGAGUUGACGACAGCAGUGCAGGAGCUGUUCAGCUGUUGAACCAUGACGUGGGAUGGAGAGAAAGAGCGGUGUGCUGCGGCUCAGAACGUCGACAGGAGCCGAUUGCAGCGGCCCCUGCGUUUGCUGUAAACAAAUACCAAGGUGAG